AUGAUCCCAAGCGGCCUCCUAGGAGCGCUUCUGACCUUCUCUCACUACGUCCUCGCUGUACAGCCUGGCUCUCCAAGCCCGAUCCCAGCCAAGCUCAGAGAUAUACAGUGGGGAAAGUUGAACUUUUUGCAUACAACCGACACUCAUGGAUGGCUGGCCGGCCACCUACAAGAGCCUUCGUAUAGUGCUGACUGGGGUGAUUAUAUAUCGCUUGCAACGCGUAUGCGUGAGCAGGCCGAAUCGCAGGGCUGGGAUCUUUUGGUCAUUGACACCGGAGACCGUGUUGAAGGCAACGGGCUCUACGACUCAUCAGAUCCCAAGGGCAAAUAUCUUUAUGAUAUCUUGAAGCAACAACCUAUAGAUCUCCUGUGCUCUGGAAACCAUGAGCUAUACAAACAGAACACUUCUGAGACGGAGUUCCUCACGAAUGUCCCCAAUUUCAUGGACAGUUAUAUCGCAUCAAAUAUCGACAUAAUUGACCCGAAUUCGGCCAAGCUGGUUCCACUGGGCCCAAGGUUCAAGAAAUUUACAACUAAGAAGCAGGGAUACCGCAUCAUGGCAUUUGGCUUCCUAUUUGACUUUAUUGGUAACUACAAUAAUACCCGAGUUCAACGGGUCGAGGACGCCGUCAAAGAAAGCUGGUUCCAGGAGGCUAUCCACGACGAUGAAAUCGAUCUUUUCAUCGUGCUCGGGCAUGUGCCUGUUCGAUCUGAAGAAUAUCAAGCAGUUCACGAGGAAAUAAGAAAUGCCAGAGGCAACAUUCCUAUUCAAUUUUUCGGCGGCCAUUUUCACAUACGCGACUAUGCCAGAUAUGAUACGCAUUCAUCGGGAUUAGCUAGUGGGCGUUUUAUGGAGACAAUUGGAUUCUUGUCAAUUGAUGAUGUGAAGAGCACCGCGCCUAAUUUUAGUAGAAGGUACAUCGACAAUAAUUUGUUCUCUUUCUAUCAUCAUACUGGUCUCAACGAAACCAAUUUUUCGACGAACCAUGGCCGGAACGUAUCUCACAUGAUACAGCAUGCUAGACACGCACUUGAUCUUGAUUAUGUUCACGGCUGCGCACCCAAGACUCUCUGGGUGGACCGUACUCCGUACCCUAGCAGUGAUAGUGUCUACACGUGGUUAGAAACUGAGGUUCUUCCUCAGUCAAUUCGGAAUCCUCUGCGUGACGGAACUUCGGCCCUUGCAGUUGUCAACACUGGAGCCAUCAGAUUCGAUAUCUUCAAAGGGCCGUUCACUCAAGACUCGACGUUCAUUGUUUCUCCUUUCACAAGCGGCUUCAAGUAUAUUAAGGACGUCCCAUAUACUACAGCAAAAAGGAUUGUGGCUCUUUUGAAUGGACAAACAAAGAUAUUCACUGCAUCUGCACAGCAUCCUCAUACCUCUUAUUGCCCACUAGCUCCUCCCGAGCAGUGUGCUUAUCAGUCUGGCAACAUGGCCACCAAAGAUAGGCAAACUGCAUAUCUUCAGCGAACAAGUCAGCAGCACGGACAAGCCAUCAUCUCGCUCGAGGUAGAAUCGGAUCCUCAAUACUUUCCGGGAUAUACGACAAUCGACGACGCAGGCGACGACGGUGACGAUACCAUCCACUCUUCCGUUUCAUUCUACCAGGUACCAAAUGUUAUCCCAACCUUGAUUCACCCACACAGCACCCAAGUUGGAGAAGAGGACCUCGAUUCGUCUGAGGAACCAUCGACAGUGGAUUUAGUCUAUGUUGAUUUCAUUGAACCAUAUAUAGCUCUGGCAGCUAAGUUUUCGGGGCUCGAUGUCAACCUACCGCAAGACUCCGAUGUAUAUAUGGAUGGAGUAACUCUGACGCACUUGAUUGAGAAUUGGAUCAAGAAGAACUGGAAGUGUGAUGAGGCAACUUCAUAG